AUGGAGAGUUCUAAAGUAGGUCUUUGGUUAAAGGAAACAAUAAUUCCGAUUGGCAAUUUCCAUGAAACCACAGAACCAUUCAUAUACAAAGUUGCAGCACAUGACCAGUCUUUUCCAAGCGACCAACUUUCACUUGACCAACAAGAUCGUAAAGUCAUUGCAACUCAAGGUGCACUUUAUAAUUUGAAAAAUGAUAACGCGUACUAUAUUUUAUGGCGCGUGCUUAAAGAUCGAAUUCUUGAGUUGAGGUUGUGUUCACUAUACUGUGCAAAAUCGGAACAGCCAGGACUGGAUCAGGCGUUCAGACAAACCGUGCAAUACGUCUUUCCUGCGAAAAUUUUACCUGGUGUCAGUUUAUUUGAAAAUGUUUCGGCAUAUGCAUUACAGUUUGUUGUGUUGCUUGAUAAUAAAGAGUUACAUAGGCUCUCGCUGCCUUUACGAAAUUUGUUCUUAAUGAAACACUCGAAAUAUGUGCACGAGUCUCAUCCGGUGGCCUUGUUGCACGGAAAGGAGCCAGUUUUGUUGCACGCGGUUAAUUAUGAUAGUUCUGCGAUUGGAUGUGAUGAUGGAUCUAUUUUGUCAAUUUACUAUGAUAGGGAUACAGUCGUUCCAAGAUUUCGAGAAGAUCAAGUGACAAAUAAGAUAUUGGAUCAAAUAGCAGAGAAUUUUCAAUAUGUUAAAGAUAUGCCAAAGAUUUUCUUUUCAAAAAUAAUCUUUUGGCCAGAACCUGAACGUGGAUCGUCUGUUACUGGAAAUGAUGAAUAUGAACUAUCUAGACCUGUUGCAUUCGAUUCAUACCAGGAUCAAAGAUCUAAUAGAUUCCUUGUGUGGAUUUGCAAUGAUCAACAAGUUAAAGUUUGGUCUCUACAUAAGAACCGAGAUCACCUUACCGAUGACUCUUUUGUGAUACCGGCAACAGAAACGGAAGAUUUCUCAACUUCCAGUUCUCGAGGUUUUAUCAGAGUUAUUCCACCUGUGACAAAUAAUUCAUUGACAUUUAGCUUUAUAAUAUUUUUGUCUACUCGCUACAGCAAAAAUCUUUUUGUUAUUUAUCAAGUGGCUUUUCACUCGACUGGUGAUCUGAAAUAUUUACAAAGAGUUGAAACGAUACCAAUUGAGAAUACAAAUCUAGACUUGCAUGAGUUUCCCCUAUUCAGCAAUUUAGUUGAUUUUUCUUUGGUCGAAUUAAACGAUAUUCAAAUGGCAGACGAACCACAAAAUCAACGAAAAUUUGAGUUGUGGGCCGUCUUGCAAGGUCAAGAAAAUAAAACAAGGCCGGCAAUAUUAUUUACUAAAUUUUCUUUAAAUUUCGCGGCUAUUUUGGAUAAAGACGACGAAGAUGUUGAAUGCGAAUUUUCUAAUAAUUGGAAUAUAGUGUCCUAUGCAGAAAAUCCCUUCAAUCCUUCAGACAUUGUCUCUCGCCAACCAAAUAUUACUGAGAAAGACAUUGACGCGGCUUAUUUGAAUUAUAUUUUUUAUCCUGGUCUAUUUUCGAGAUCGUCAAUUAUUCGAAGUCUGCGUGAUUUCGAAAAAAGAUUCAUAUCACAAACGAUAAAUAGAACGGAAAUCAAUCAAGAGAUAUCAAUUCUUUCACAAAAAUCUGAUAUUGAUAUCAAAGAUUAUGCGUGCGAAUUGAUGAAGAAGAAACUCUCCGCUAAAAAUCACCUUCCUGAAGAAUAUCGCGAAUAUUUGUUCAGAAGUUGGGAAUUAGUAAAGCAGCUUUGUCAAAUACAUGAAUUUCACGCUAGGGAGCCAAUAAGACUAUGCAUUUUCCCAUCUUCAAGCACUGUCACUGUGAUUAAUAGCGAAGCUAUUACAUUUGUACGAUGUUGUGAUGAAAUUGAGAUUCUGGAGGAUUAUACUAAACGAAAAUCUUAUCAUGACCUGAAUUCAGAACUCCUGACAUCAGGCUUCGUGAACGAAAAAUAUCCCUUAAUAGCCGAUAUUAAAGUUAGAUCUGAUAUACUUAAGCUACUUAAUGCCGCAAAUCACAUAGUGAGAUAUAUAGAAACUUCUGAUAUGGUCUUGAUCGAAAACAAAAUUAAUGCGACUUUGUCUGAUGCUUCCACAGCAUCAGCUCUUACCUUUGAUAUCGAAGACUUUUAUAAACAUUAUCUCCAAAAACACAUCACAAAGGAAACACUUCAACUCAUAAAUGAUUCUGUAGAAUCGUGUGAUCGCUGGCCAAGGUUAUUGCGUAAAAUACAUGAAACUUUGUUAUGUUGUGCGCUUCCUAAUUCUGAAGGAAAUUUUCCGACCCAGGAUUCUCGCUCGGAGCCCAGUGUGCUUGCAGAUGCACUAAUUGCUUCUACUACUUCGGAAAUUAUCCGAUCUCGAUUUACAAUCUGCCGGGAUUUAUUUCUCUUGUUAAUCAUCUUGGUGCUAUUUGAAAAAUCCGAUUCUUCAAAAAAUUCUUUGUCGAUAUGUAUGGCAACAUUAUAUCCACAAACUAUUCUCAAAUGGAUAUCAUCACAAUCGCUGCCAUCUGACAAAAACAAUUUAGUAUUGGUACCCAAUAAUUCUAAUAAUGAUGAUUUGAUUACGGCUCUUUCGAGUCUAAGUCUCAAACCUGUUACCAUAGCCACCGGAUCAACAAGAUUUGUGCGAUAUAGUUUACUUCACAGUCUGCUACACUUUAAAAUGAGGAUUCGAGUAGACGAAAAAAGAGGAUUUUCAGAGACAUUAUUGGUGACUUCUCUUGAUUUAUUGAAGCAGAUCGGUUUUUAUCCAAGUGGUGCUUCGUAUAUCGUCAGUACUAGAAAUUCUUAUAUAGAUUUUGGAAUAUUUCUUGAUCAAAGCAAUCAGCUUGGAUUGUUAUAUCAUUAUCUUCAACUGCUUGUUGGUAAUCCGGGUGUUUGCUUUCUUUGGGGUAAACUUUAUCUUAAAUGUGGAGUAUACGAAAAGGCACAAGAAUGGUUUCAAAAGGCCGCUGUCGGAUUUGUCGCUGAUAUAAAAGAAACACCACUUACUUAUGCGCCUCCAGUGAAUCCACAACCUCGAAAUUUAGCUGGAUAUUGGCAAACAAUAGGUCAAGAGUUUAAAACCUACAAUCGGCCAAGCAAUGUAGUCCGUUGUUGUCAUCUUGCUCUAAGAGCUUUCAGUGAUCAAGAGCGAAAAUCACCAGAGGGAAAAGAAUUGAUGAUCGAAUUAUGGCACACUAUGUUUAAAAACGCGUUAGCUGCCGACUUAUACGAAGAGGCUUUUUUGGCAAUGAUGGAAAAUCCAGACAAGGAAAGACAAAAAGCAUGCCUCCGUGAAUUUGUUGAAAUCAUAUGCAAGAAAGAUGAAGCCGACAAACUGUGUCGAUUCACAUUUCAUCUUCUCGAGGAAGAAUUCGAAGCUAUCUUAGACAAGAAGGCCGAUGAAUCCAAGCCAAAAGAAGCACCAGAUUAUUCAAUGAUCGCCUACUCCUAUUAUAUUAAUAGUGGUGACUAUGUACAAGCCGCCAAAAUUAUGUAUCAUUUUGCUCAAAAAAUUGACGAGAUGGAUAUUUCACCUGAUGAAUUCAACUAUUGGAUAGCUCGACAAACACAAAGUUAUUUAGCCGCAGUUAAUUCAUUAGAAUUGGUUGAAGAAAAGAAAGCCUGGUUUAAUUAUCCUCGAAAAUUUCAAUCUAAAGAUGAUAAUAGAAAACGGAAACGACAGAGGCUUAAUUAUUCUUUUGAUGAAUUAGAUGAUAAUUCACAGAAAAAUAAAAGUCAUCACAAGGAAAUUGAUAUAAUCGAACUUGAUGACAUUAGGAAGAAUUAUGCAAUUUCCAUAAUUAAAUUAAAGCUAGCAAAAGAUUUUGACUAUAAAGAAAGAACCUUAGAUCCUGAAGACGCAAUCGUCUUAUGCUCGCGCUAUGGUUAUUUUGAAGAUGCAUUUAAACUUGCAGCUGAAUAUAAUCUGGACAUGAGUCCCAUUUUUAAUGAAUUGGCCUGGAAAUGCGUACGACUAUCAACCAAUGAUGUUUUUGAUCUGAGAAAAAUAAUAUUCGACUUUCAACAUAUCGGUUGUCGUGCUAAUGCUUUACAAGGCACCGAUUCUGAAAGAGCAUGGAAGCUACUUCAAUUGUACUUGGACGGGUAUGAUGCUCAGAUGACCGACUCAAAAUAUCGAACAGUGGUGUUACGAAAAAUUUUAGAAACUAAUAAUCAAAUAGUAAUUCCACCGUGGUUAACUUUGGCUUUUAAGAAAAACAAUCAAGAUAUCUAUCUAAAAAUCAUGUUGGAAUUCAGAUGUUUACCGGAAGCAACUAAAUUCGCUUUGCAUAUUAUCCAUCAAGAAAAGGAAAAAAAGACGUUAGAACCAUUGUCGAGAUGGGUCCCGUGGACAUUAAUAGAACAAUUACUAAUUCAAAUAAAAGAGGCAAUUAAUGGAAGUAAUUUUGGUGAAAAUAACUUUAUUGCAAAUAAUAAUGAAAUCGAAGCAACGCUUAGAACGGGUGUAGCAGAAGAAAUUAAUGCAAAUAUAACCAAAGCCUUAAAUACAUCAACAACAACCACUCUAAGUCCUACAUUAUUUAUACCUAAUAAUGCUGGAGGAACAACUGGGACUCUUACCUUUUCACUGAAUGAUCAAGCAAAGGAAGGUACUGCUCGUAUUAGGCAAAUUGAACCUUCUGCCCCAAAGACCCGCCCAAGAAAGUAUAAAAAGAGACGAGCCCAGGAACCUGAAAUCACCAAAGCACCCCCUGCUCCAUCGUCGUCGUCUUCAUCAGCUCUAGAAUCAUCUUCAGCUCCAACAUCAUCGUCAAAAAAUGAUAAAAAACGUAAUGCGGAUGCUAAAACUUCUGAAAAAACAAAAUCUACCACCCUUGCACCGAUAAAAGUUGAAAAAAAAAUAUCACCUCUUGAAGCAUUACGUAAUGAACGAUUAAAAGAAAAAGAAGCUGAACUAGCAAAAGUUGUCGAUGAUCACGAUACUUUGGUUCGAGAACAUUAUUAUAUGGAAAAUUUUAAUGUAUCGGUCUUAGAACUCGACCGACAGCGAUUAAAGCAAGAUAAUAGUGAACGUAUGGUUAAAACUCUUGAGAGUCAUAACUUAUGGUCGACUAUGAGCGAUCAAGUCCUCAAUACUGUACAAGCAAACUCUACGAGAAUGUCAACGCGCCGCUCAAUCAAUCAACAUCGCGAUUCUCUCGUGAAUAUGCUUCAAAAAUCAGUUGGUUCCCAUGGAUUAAAUUUAGCAGAGGCGCCAACCUUAGCGCCAACCACACGAAGCAGCGGGCGUGUAAAAAAAAUUGAACCUGAAACCAGUCCAACCAUAAAUACUUUUACAUCUAGUUAUACUCUUCGUCGGAGUCGUGGACAAACACAAUUUCCAAAUAUUGAUGCGUAUCUCGCCUCUUUUGUCACCCUAGACGAUGAAGACAUUACACCAGCUGAAGCUGAAGCACGUGCAGGACAUGAAUCAGAGAUCCAAUUUCGAAUUUAUUCGUUAAAGCAACAAGGACGACUUAUUAAUAAGCCAAUAAAAGCGCCUGUGGAACCUCGUCAUCCUUUAGUCCAUAGGGAUUAUAUGCUUGAACAUGUAAUAUCACGGUCAAAGCUCAUGAAUAAAUCGAUUGACAAUAAGCUUAAAAUUACCAGGCAAAUUAGUCGGAUGAUUCAACAAUAUCACAACAAAAUAGCAAAUCAAGGAACAAAAGAGAGAAAAUUAGAAGAAAAAAGACUUAAAAAGUUGGCUAAAACAACAGCAAAUCUUAUAAAGCAAAAAUGGAAAACAGUAGAAUCUAUUAUAUUGGCGAAGCAAAAAGAGAUCAUACGAGAAAAACAGGAACGUGAAGGAAAGCGUCAUUUGAAUCUUCUUCUUGAACAUUCGACUCAGAUGUUAGAAGUUCAACAAAAUGAACUGUCGGGAUCACCGUCGUCGUCAUCAUCAUCAUUUAAUUCUUUGCAUGGAACAUUUUCAAUGUCACAGAAUUUCACUCCAAGUCUUAUGACAGUUGAAGAAGAAGACGAAAGUUUUCAAGGCGAAUCUUUUUCUGAUUUGAACACAUUCUCUUCAGAAAUCGAGUCUUCUGAAGAAGAUGAUGAAAUCAAAAAGUUGAAAGCUGAAAAAGAUAUGACAUUAGAGGAAUUGUUAGAAAAUUAUGAAUACCCAUUGGAAGAUGAGCAAUUUUCGCAUGAAAUUGUUGCGAAAACUCAAAAUGGAAAACCAGAAAGUGAUUUCGAAGGUACUUUUGAGUCUGAUGAUGAUGAAUUUGAUUUUGGUGAUGUUUCAGAUACAGAAAUUGAAGACGCAGAUUUUGAACAUGAGGAAAAUGAAGGUAAUGAUGAGUAUAAGAAAGAAACCGACACUAAAGACAAAGGAAAACAGAAAGCAAAUUCAGACAAUGAAGAAAUCGAAUCUGAAAUUCAAAGUUCGGAAUCCCCACUUGUAGUUUCUCAUCCGCCCACUGGUACGACAUUAUCGACUGCUGUGGUUCGAACAAAAAUCCCAAUAUUACUUCGUGGUCAGCUUCGCGAAUAUCAACAUGUGGGACUUGAUUGGCUCGCAAGUUUAUAUAAUAACGGACUAAAUGGUAUCCUUGCGGAUGAAAUGGGUCUUGGGAAAACCAUUCAGACCAUAGCACUAUUGGCUCAUCUCGCCUGUGAAAAAGGUGUUUGGGGGCCACAUUUGAUUGUUGUUCCUACAAGCGUAAUUAUCAAUUGGGAGAUGGAAUUCAAGAAAUGGUGUCCAGGCUUUAGAAUUUUGACAUAUUAUGGGAGUCCAAGGGAGCGAAAAGAGAAGCGUCUUGGCUGGUCAAAAGAGAACACUUUCCAUGUCUGCAUAACUUCUUAUCAGCUCGUUGUGCAUGAUCAGAAUGUAUUCAAAAAGAAAAGAUGGCAUUACCUUAUCCUCGACGAAGCGCAUAACAUUAAAAAUUUUAGAUCGCAACGAUGGCAGACUUUAUUGAAUUUUAAUUCUGUGAGAAGAUUAUUACUUACUGGCACACCACUGCAAAAUAAUCUCAUGGAGCUUUGGUCAUUACUUUAUUUUCUGAUGCCUCAAGGCGUUUCUCAAGCAAUGCCAAUUGGAUUCGCCAAUCAAAAAGAGUUUCAAGAAUGGUUUUCACAUCCUGUGGAUAAAAUGUUAGAAAAUGACGAAGAAAUGAGUGACGAAACACGUGACGCAGUCUCUAAACUUCACACUGUAUUGCGGCCUUAUCUCUUACGUCGUCUGAAAGCUGAUGUUGAAAAGCAACUACCUGGAAAAUAUGAACAUAUAAUAUAUUGUCGUCUUUCAAAGCGUCAAAGAUUUCUAUAUGAUGAUUUCAUGUCGCGCGCUAAAACCAAAGAAACGUUACAAUCGGGAAAUUUCCUAAGCAUCAUAAAUUGCUUAAUGCAAUUACGUAAAGUCUGUAAUCACCCGGAUCUAUUUGAAGUUAGGCCAAUCCGAACUUCGUUUGCAAUGUCAAAAUCAGCGAUAGCCGAUUAUGAAAUCAAAGAAUUAUUAGUUCGCCGACGUUUAUUGCAAGAGACUGAUGAAAAAGUCAAUUUGGAAUUUCUGAAUUUUGUGCCAAAGCAAUUCGAAGGAACAUAUGAUUGGCUGGUAGCAAAUGAAUGGGGUCAUGUAAAUCCAGACAUUAAAUUCCGGAAUCAAAUUGAAAGCAUUGAUCUGACAUUAAGAGGAAUUCCUUACGCACCAGUCAAUUAUAGUAAAUUGUCUCAAUUCAACCAAGCAAUUCAAAAAUAUAAUCGUAUUCAAACUCGUGAACGUUGGGCUCACAUACAAUAUAUCAACUUAUUUCGUCUAAAACGUCGUCCAAUAUAUGGUACAGGACUUAUAGGCCUUUGCCGUCAGCUUGGAGCUACUCCAUGCGAUACCGCAUUCUCAACUGCUGUAAAUCCCAGAACUUAUUGGCACCGAGUUGAAUCGAUGACAGAUUUAAUUAAAACAUAUGAACAAAGAUAUGAAAUGAUGGAUGAAAUCAUUAAAAGAUACGCGUUCGUCACUCCAGAAGUUGUUGCAAAAGAUGUUUCUUCAUUUGCUUUGGCUGAAAUGUCGGACGAGUUACGAUACAAGAUUCAUAAUGAAGUACAAGAUUUAUAUCAUCCCAUUCGUGUUAAACUUCAAAUAGCUUUCCCGGAUAAACGUCUAUUGCAAUAUGAUUGUGGCAAGUUGCAGAAACUUGAUGAACUUUUACGUAAUCUCAAGGCAGAUGGUCACCGAGCACUUAUAUUCACUCAAAUGACGCGAGUGUUGGACAUUCUUGAAAUAUUUUUAAAUAUUCACGGACAUCGUUAUCUUCGACUCGACGGAGCUACAAAGGUCGAGCAGAGACAAUUGUUAACUGAACGAUUUAAUCAUGACCCAAAAAUCUUGGUAUUUAUAGCUUCGACUAGGUCUGGUGGUCUUGGAAUCAAUCUUACCGGUGCUGAUACGGUGGUAUUUUAUGACUCUGAUUGGAAUCCGUGUAUGGACCGUCAAUGUCAAGACAGAUGUCAUCGCAUUGGCCAAACAAGAGACGUUCAUAUAUAUCGAUUUGUAAGCGAAUAUUCGAUAGAGGAGAACAUGCUACGAAAAGCAAAUCAGAAACGUAUGCUUGAUAAUCUCGUAAUAACCGAAGGCGAAUUUACCACCGAUUACUUCCAAAAAAUGGAUUGGCGAGAGCUUCUUAACGAUAUUGCUCCCAACCCGAACAAAAAGCUUGGCCCAGAACCUCCACUCACCGGAACAGAAUUAGAGAAUUGUCUUGCUCAAGUAGAAGAUGAUUCUGACGUGACCGCCGCGCGUGUUGCGAAAAACGAGAUGGAUUUGGAUAUUCGAGAAUUCGCAGAGGAGAUUCCAUCUCAACCACGGCGGUCGAGUGUUUCUACAGUCGCUUCGCCUCCUCUUCACGAUUCACUGGAGAUUGUUGAGGAUGAAUAUAAAUCCACAUUCAUAAACCAAUUCUUCAAUAAAGAUAUAAUAAUGGCAGAGUACAAAGGUGGUUCCGCCGAAGGCCAAAGACAAGUGAUGCUGGAAAAGCAGCGUGCCAAGAUGUUAAGUGAUUUCGAGAAGCAACGAGAGAAGAUCGCGAAAGACAACCAAGUCAACAUAACUGCCAAUAAGUUCGUGACUCAUUAUGACGAUGUAGAAGAUUCUCUAAAGAAGGAAACUAUUGGUUUAGUUAGACUAGAGGAAUUUCAAAAAAUUCGUAAAGAGCUUGAGGUUCAAAAAGAGCGUGAAGCUGCUCGAACCGCAGAAUUAAGAGAAGAUAAAGCGAAGAAAAUAAAGAGAAAAAAGAAAGAAAAAUCAAAAUUGUCAUUUGAUAUUGAUGGAGAAGAUAGUGUGAUGGAAGAUGGGAAUAGUUCAGCGAUAUCUAAUAAUGACAAAAAUUUAGAGAGUGGAAAAACGGAUUCUACUACAGAUGAUAAUAUUGUGCAACCUCCAAAGAAAAAGCCAAAACUUGACGAAAAAAUCAGCAUCACAUAUUCUUACUGGGAUGGCACAGGACAUCGUAAGACAGUUACGUGCAAAAAAGGUGAUACGAUCGGGAAUUUUUUAGAAAAGUGUCGACAGCAAUUUCAUGAAUUGCGUGGUGUUAGUGUUGAUAACAUGAUUUAUGUUAAGGAAGAUUUAAUUAUUCCACAUCAUUAUACUUUUUAUGAUUUCAUAAUCAAUAAAGCAAGAGGAAAGUCAGGACCAUUGUUCAGCUUUGACGUACAUGAUGACGUGCGGCUAACACAUGAUGCUACCGUCGAGAAGGACGAGUCUCAUGCAGGUAAAGUGGUCGAAAGGAAUUGGUAUGAAAAGAAUAAACAUAUUUUUCCCGCCAGUCGAUGGGAAAUAUACGAUCCUGAAAAAAAUUAUGGAAAGUAUACAAUCAAGGAUACCAACAAGAAACCCACUUCUUAA